AUGCCCGCAGUCAAGGGCGAUGGCAUGCGGGGGUUGGCCGUGUUCAUCUCCGACAUCCGCAACUGCAAGAGCAAAGAAGCCGAGCUGAAGCGGAUCAACAAGGAACUCGCCAAUAUCCGCAGCAAAUUUAAAGAAGACCCCUCGAACAAGGCGAGACUGCUCGAGUGUCUCGAGGGUAUCCUCAACAAGGCCCAGGAUGCGCCAAAGUCCAAGAAGGUCCAGCACUCGAACGCGAAAAAUGCGGUGCUUUUUGAGGCUAUCGCUCUGAUCAUCCACAUGGACAGCGAGCCUAACCUGUUGGUCCGCGCCUGCAACCAGCUCGGCGCCUUCCUGACCCACCGCGAAACCAACUUGAGAUACCUCGCCCUCGAAUCGAUGUGUCUACUUGCGACGUCCGAGUUUUCUCAUGAAGCGGUAAAGAAACACCAGGAGACGAUCAUCACGUCGUUGAAAACCGAGCGGGACGUCUCCGUACGCCAGCGGGCCGUCGAUCUGCUGUACGCGAUGUGCGAUCGAACAAAUGCCGGGGACAUCGUCCAGGAGAUGCUCGCCUACUUGGAGACGGCCGACUAUUCGAUUCGCGAGGAGAUGGUGCUGAAAGUCGCCAUACUCGCCGAAAAGUACGCCACCGACUACACGUGGUACGUGGACGUCAUCCUGAAGCUGAUCCGCAUCGCCGGCGACUACGUCAGCGAAGAAGUCUGGUACCGUGUCAUUCAGAUUGUCGUUAACCGCGAAGACGUGCAAGGCUACGCGGCAAAAACGGUCUUCGAGGCGCUGCAGCGACCGGCUUGCCAUGAAAAUAUGGUCAAAGUCGGCGGAUAUAUUCUCGGCGAAUUCGGCAACCUCAUCGCCGGCGAUCAACGAUCCGCCCCUCAAGUCCAGUUCGACCUGCUUCACUCAAAGUACCAUCUGUGCAGCAUCAACACACGCUGUCUGCUCCUCACCACCUACGUCAAAUUCUGCAACUUGUUCCCGGAGAUCAAGCACGUCAUACAGGAGCUAAGUCUCCAACGCGCACAACAGAAGCCCGACUCAGGCCUUUACCAGGAGCAAACUUUCGCCCGACUGGGCAUGUUCUACGGCAACAAGACGCCCAGCCAGUUCACCGACUUCAAGCCGGUCGUCGUUUGCCCCGGGGCGCUUUCCGUGCAGCUGCAGGCUCAGGCCAAGCCCAUCGACGCCUCGGUGGGCGCGAUGGCUCAGGUGCAGCAGUUGAUCAACUUCGUCUGCGUGCAAGAGUUCAACCGGAUGCCGAUUCUGCAGAUUUCCUUCAAUUACACUCAAACCGCCGGCGGGGCUGCGCGCUUCGACAAAUUCUUCUACCUGCCGAUUUUCAUCAACAAGUUCUUCGAGCCGACGGACAUGACCAGCGAGACGUUCUUUGCCAGAUGGAAAGCCCUCGGGAUCCCGUCGCAAGAGAGCCAAAAGAUCUUCACGGCCAAGCACCCGAUCGACACGGCGGCCGUCAAUGCAAAGCUAACCGGCGUCGGCGCCAAACUGCUCGUCGACGUCGACCCGAACCCGGAUAAUUUCGUCUGUGCCGGCAUCAUCCACACGCAGACCCAGCAGAUUGGCACGCUGAUCCGGCUGGAGCCCAACAAGCAGGCCAAGGUCCAAUCUCUGGGAUGCACCAGCUUCGCUCUGCUGUUUGACGACAUCCCCAAGGAGAUGCACCGCGCCGACCAAGAUCGCUACGACUCCUUCGCCCAGGCGCAGGUGCAAGUCACCAAUAAGAUUUACGAGAUGCUUGGGCGACCGGUGUUCAUGUUCUGCCCCACCGAAUACUGCGAGACACGCGCCCACCCGAGGAUCGCCGACUCGGAGUACCUCGACACGGUCGGCCGCUUCUUGCACUCGGAGAUUUACGUGAUGUGGACGGGCCGCUCCGUUGCGGUGAAGGAGUCGAUCUCCGGGCUGCUGCUCAACCCCAACAACAAGCAUGAGACGAACCUGAUGGCCAUCGCCACGACCUCACAGUGGCGACACGCCGUCGCGGAUGCGGAUGGGAUGAACACGGAGGACAACGCGUCUUUGAAGGUCUACUGCCCGGAAGAAGCUCUAAACAAGGCGCUCGCCGACUGGGAAAAGCUUUUCAACACGGAGACUGCUGAGGUCCCCACCGUCAAGCCGCAAAACUACCAGGAAGGCCUGGAGAAUCCGGAUAUCCCGUUGCCAAGUGAAUCGGCCGCCGUCAGCCGCUCCGGCUCGGUGGCGAUGGACAGCGACUUGACGGUGCCGCCCGACGUCUCGGCCGAGGUGGCCCUGCCGGUGAUGGCCGUCGACGAGAUGGUGCACGCUGUCAUGGGCGACCCGAAUUUGCAAGACGCGACCGAGCCGGACCUCGUGAACUCGUUGGUGCCCGAGUACAACACCUGCACGGUGAUGGGCACGCCGAUUGGGGCGAAUUCGCAUAAGAAUAGCCACGAAGAAGGAGUCACCGAGGACCCAGAGGCUGCGAAGACAGAAGCCGCCGAAAUGACAACAACAAGGGCUGCUCACUUGCAAAUCACGGCCGCGGACCUGCGCAAGCUACUCGACAUCUUCUACCUGCCCUUCCAAUACGGGCCCCAGGUUGAGAAGUUGCUGACCACGCUUGUCUACUUGCUGAACAACGCGCACAAGGGGGACCGCGGCUGCUCGCCGACGACGAUCGAUGGUUUACGCCAGGCGAUCGCCGACAUGUACCAGUUUGUCAACGAGUUCAACGGGUUGUACUGGAAGAUUAUGAAUUGCCCGAAUAAGCCCCUGCUCUCCGAGCUGCUACCGUACGUCUGGGACGCUCACGGGACGCUGUCGCUGAUUGAGGGGCUUUCCCACUGGAUUGCCGCCGGAAAUAUGAGACGUCCGCUGAAGGCCCGCGUCAAUACGUGGACCAACACGACGUUUGAGGACGAGGCAUGGUGCGGGGUUUGUCCGGCUCGCGGCUUUUCCGUCGACGUGACCGGGCUGCUGGCUAACUCGGAUGGUCUGCUGGACUUGCUCAGGAAUCGGAAUCCGCUUCCGAUGUCGAUCCGCACUUUCCACGUUCGGACCGUCACUGUGGAGGAUACGAUCAACUUCCAUCAUCUUUUCGGCAACGGCGAACCGCCUGCUGAAUCGAACGAGGAGCUCUUUGAUCACCACUUUGGCCCGUACACUUUCUCGCCGACGGAGCCGCACUUUGGGUUCAUCUCCUACGAGGAGUGGGUGGAAGAGGACGCGCAGGGGCUGCGGUACCCGCACUGUGCUGGGACUGGCAUCAAAAAUGUUGACACCUACUUGCGCAACAUUUGGCCCGACUACCAGGCGAUGAUGAUGGAGAAGUACAAGGAGACGAUCCCGGAUGAGAAAGACCGCAAGGCCAAGAUCAACCUGUGGAAGCCGCAUGGCGUCUCGUCGGACAUCACGCAACGAUAUCCUUCCCGAAUUCACCUGCACGCCAAAUUCUGCACCGACGACUCCGUAGCGAUGAAGCGCAUCGUGCAGACGCUGGCCACCGUGCUGUCGUACUCGGGCUCGGCCGGCGUGCACGUGGUCUGCGAGCCGGACGACUACCAGAAGAUCUCCUUCCUCGCCAAGCUCCAGUUCAACCUGAUCCCCACGAAGCGCGCCGACGGGUUGGAGAUCUACGGGUACCGCUUCUGCUCCUACGUCCACUCCAGCCCGUCCGACAGCGCCGACGAGGACGAGGAGAUGGCC